AUGAGUGGCGGCUAUAACCGCGGCGGGUUCCCCCCGCAGCAGCGCUACUCCUCCACACCCACAUUUGACAACACGCCAGGCUUCCGCCCACCCAUGCCGCCGGCCGGCCUACCUCCUUUUCCCCCACGCAACUUUCCCACUCCUCCUCUCCCCCCAAUGCCACCCACCAACACAUUCCGCUCCCCUUAUGAGGAUUACAACAGCGGAGCUUCAUACUCUCCUCCGCAGUCCAAGCCGUACAUCAACACCGACGCGUACGACCCCUACCAGCCGGCAGCGUACGACCCUGGGACUCCAGCCCUGCGCUCAACCCAGCAGACGAUGUCGUACACCCCACCAGCGCAGUUGUACCAAGCCUCUGCACGUGCUGGUGACUUACCAGACCUCCAUCUCCUGACGCCUCCCACCACCCUCACAAUCGGAGACUACACCACUAGCGUCUACUCUCUCCCCGCGAGCCACCUCCCCAUCACCAAGUAUGCUGCCGUCAACGCCGGAGACGCCGUCGACCUCCACCGCGCCAUCUGCCAGUCCGGCAUGGCCCAGGCAAUCUGGUACGCAGACGGCCAGACACGCGGCGGGGAGGGCUGGGGCGCAGCCGUUGAGUGGGUUUUGGGGACCGGAAUGUCCAGGUCAAAGAUGCGCACGUGUGCGGGGCAUACGGACUCACUGGGUACCGAACUCUCUGCCAUCAACAAGGCCACUGAGGGCUUCCGGGACAACCUCAACCAGUCGAUAAAGUCGCAGAAGCCCAUAUCGCACGAGUUUGUCCUCUUCACCAGCUCGGCCGCGGCGCUCGUCAGCCUCGACACGUCGUCCCGUCCUGAGAGUCUCCAUUUCUGCCACAUGUGGCGCGGGAUUUGCACCGACUUCCUCAAGGCACACCUCACCAUCGUCCACCUCCCCAAGGGGAGCGACGUCGAGGGUUACGUCCUCGCAGAGAAGAUAGCCAACGUCGCCGCGAGCAACAGCUACACGAAGCGCAAGAAGGACCGUACGCUCGACGAGUUCUACAAUCGUCCUGGCGGUGGCGAGCCUGCGCCGGCUGGUAGCACGGAGGCUGGCGCAUGGCAGCGCGGCGAUGCCGAUCCCUCGCGACGCAAAUCACCGUUUGAGCGUCCCAAGCGCCUUCCCUCGAUAUCGCCGGAGCGCAACAGCCCCACUCCUCCCCCAGCAUCUGUCCCUCGGAUGUCUUCCAGCCGCACAAACUCUCCACCGCCUCGCAGCAACUCGCGCGAUGGGCCUUCUCACCAUCGCAGCAUCUCUGGUGAUGCCUCUCUGCACCGUUCGCCAGCAGAGGCACCACUCCCGAACCAGCCUGGGGGCGGAGAAGAGGACAUUCAGCCUCGUGACGACGGGCUCGUAGUCACCCACUUCCCGGCGCAGGCAUGCGCUAAGGACUUGGGGAUUCUCUUUGCUCAGUUUGGUGACAUCACAUCAGUGGACAUCUUCUCUGUGGGGCCAGGACUGCCGCGGUUCGCCUUUGUCGCCUAUGCGGAAGUGUCCGACCGUCUCAUGGCAAUCGACGGAUUCCACAAACGUUCCAUCGACUUGAGUACACCUUUCGCCCGCGAGAACGCGGCAGAUCUUGAAAUCUGGAAGGGCUGGAACGGUACCCUCUCUGUUGUCCUGUCAGAUCCAGAGCGACUUGUGCCUCAGAGCAUCGCCAAGGACUAUCCUGACCUCCCCCCUUACGCUACGCAGCGCAGGAAAGUGCUUCACAAACGUGAUCGCGCCGAUGACGACGGUGCUUCGACCCCGCCGUUGAAGAAACCUCGUGCGGGUUCUGACCCGGCUGAUCAACCCUCCUCACAUCCUCAGCGUCCUCACGGCCUCCCUCCUCGGCCGAGCUUUGAUGCCUCUGACCUGACGGCGCCCACCGCAACCAACGGGUCUGCGCCGUACACUCACCAACUCCCUUCUACCCCUCUGACGACCUUGGCACCUGCCGCGUCACUGAUGGCCUCUGAUGAAGGGCCGGUCAAGAUCAGCGGCAAGACGCUGCAGGCGCAGAUCGAUCUCGUGCAGAACGUCUUUGUCAAGCACGACCGCGACAACUGGAUUGCGCACACUUGCCUCAUUGCAACGGACCUGGACCAGAUCCGCCGUUCCCUCCAGGCAGACCUGUACGCAACGGACGAGGCGACCAUCUCGUGUCGGGACUUGGAAUCCCAGCUCUCCGACCGCGGCUUCACUGUCGCACGCAUGGGCGCAGUGGUGACCAAGGUGCUCAAGGUGUUGGAUAACAUGACGGCAGAGGACGAGGCUGAGAACGGCACUGCGGCCCAGCCCAAGGAACUCGAUGCGGACAGCCUCCACGCCGAGCUCGCCCACGUCCUCCGCGACUAUCCCCCGCAGACGCGCGAGGCCAUGGCUUCGGCUGCGACUGUGCUCGAGUACCUCAACUGCGGCAAGGACGCUCAAGAGGCUAAGCGACUCGAGGUCGAGCGCCGUGCUGGUGUGCUCCAGGGCAUUGUGCAGAAGGGCGAGCAGGUCACGGGCGUCGUGCGCUUCUUGUUGUCCGGCUAG